AUGGAUUGCUUACCGAGCCAGCUGGCCCCGCAUGGCGCGCACCAUCGCUUCAACCGGCGGAUCCUACUCAGCCCGGCCCUGAUCGCCCAGCACCGCCUGAGCACCAACCAGGCCCUGCUCAUCCGCAAGCCGGCGACGCUCGACGCCCUCAGCCUGGCCGACGGCCCCCCCUCGUUCGCGAUCGGCUUCGUCUGGCCGGCACAGCAGCAGCAGCAGACCGUCCAGCUCUCCGCCGAGCUCUUCCUCAGCGCAGCCAUCGCCCCGGGGGAGCCCGUCAGCCUCAGCCCACUCCCGCCCAUCAACACCAGCCAGGGCCCCGGACUCAGGCUGCCCCACGCAGACAGCCUCACCCUCGCCCAGCCGGAACAGCUCCCCCCGCACACAGCACGCCUCUGGCAGGCUGCCCUCCGCGAAGCACUCAUCGACCGCAAAUACCUCGCCAUCAACCACGUCAUCGCCAUCCCAUCAGCCACCAGCCAGCACUGCUUCUGCACAGUCACCGCCAUCGCCCCAGCCAGCCCAGAAGAGCCACUCCAGCUCUACCACAUCACAGCCAACACCCAGCUCACCAUCACCGCCCCCAAAACCACUAAGCCAAACCAAAACAGCACCAACAACACCGCCGAGGCCUACCAGGCGAUCGGCGGCCUGCAGACCCAGAUCAGCCAGAUCAGGGACCUCGUCGAGCUGCCCCUCACCAAGCCAGAGCUAUACGCACACUUCGCAAUCACCCCGCCCCGAGGCAUCCUCCUCCAUGGGCCGCCAGGCACGGGCAAAACCCACCUGGCCUCGCUGGUCGCCAAGUCGGUCGACUGCAGCCUGCUCACCCUGUCGACGACGACGAUCAGCUCGGCCUACCACGGCGAGCCGGAGCAGAAGAUCGCAGCGCUGUUCGCGGAGGCCAAGGCGCGCAGCCCGAGCAUGGUCCUCAUCGACGAGAUCGACGGCCUGUUCCCCGCGCGGGACGCCGCCGGCGAGGUCGACCGCAGGAUCGUCGGCGCCCUGCUCACCGCCAUGGACGGCCUCGACCACAAGGAAAACACCCAACAGGAGGCCCCCCACCGGGUCGUCGUCAUCGCCACCACUAACAGACCCCAUGCCCUCGACCCCGCUCUCCGCCGCCCGGGCAGGUUUGACCGCGAGCUCGAGAUCGGCAUCCCCGAUGCCCAGGCCCGCCGCGAGAUCCUCGACGUGCUCCUGCGCAAGACGCCCCACCGGCUCAGCCCGGAACAGACCCGGACGGUGGCCGAGAAGACGCACGGCUUCGUGGGCGCCGACCUGGUCGCCCUGCUGCGCGAGGCCGGCCUGUUGGCCAUCAAGCGCGCCCUCGCCCGCCGUCUGUCCACCGCGGAGAUGCUCCUAGAGGCCGCCGACGUCGAAAAAGCCCUGGUGGCCGUCCAGCCCUCGGCGAUGCGCGAGCUGGUGAUCGAGACCCCCCGGGUGACCUGGGCGGACAUCGGGGGCCAGGAGGCCGUCAAACAGACGCUCGUCGAGGCCCUCGAAUGGCCCGCCCUCUUCCCGGACACCUUCCAGAGACUCGGCAUCAAGCCCGUCCAGGGCAUCCUCCUCUACGGGCCCCCCGGCUGCUCAAAGACCCUCAUCGCUAAGGCCCUCGCCGCCCAAGCUAACGCCAACUUCAUCGCCCUCAAGGGCUCCGACGUCUUCAACAAGUUCCUCGGCGAGUCCGAGAAGGCCAUCCGCGACCUGUUCCGCAAAGCCCGCGCCGCCGCGCCCUCCAUCAUCUUCCUCGACGAGAUCGACUCGAUCGCGAUGGCCCGCGGGUCCGAUGACCAGGCUGGCGGCACAGGCGUCGCCGACCGGGUGCUCACGAGUCUGUUGGUCGAGAUGGACGGGAUCGAGGAGCUGUCCGGCGUGCUCGUGCUCGCGGCGACCAACCGGCCCGAAGUCAUCGAUCCGGCGCUCAUGCGCCCAGGAAGACUCGACCGGAUCCUCUACGUCGGCCCGCCCGACGCCCACUCUCGCGCCGAGAUCCUGCGCAUCAACUUCCGCAAGAUGAGCGUCGACCCCAGCCUGGACACGGAGGGAUGCACGGGAGCAGAGAUGGUAGCGGUGUGUCAACAAGCGGCGAUCGCGGCCGUCCACCGGGACAAGAACGUAGCCUUCAUCGUGCAGGAGGACUUCGACGGCGUGCUCCGCACGUUCAGACGCUCCGUCGACCAGGCCGUCUUGGACGGGUACUGCGCCUGGAGGGACCGCGUCGGCUGCCCCGUUUCCGGUGGGAGAAUGUACACGGCACAGCCGGGGCUCAGGCCUGCCGUGCGCUCCGUCCACCGGACCCUUCUGGACGGCGCUCUGCGCGCGUGCCCGUCGGCGUCCCCGGCGCUUGCCCCGCUGUCUCUCUGGGUGCCGUCUUGUGCCGUCCCCGCAGCCCGGGACACCCGGAUGUCGCGAUGGCUGGGAGACGCGCCCCGGCGCUUUCGCAUCGCGCCCAUAUGCUCCGGUCGGAUCGGCAGGCCUGUCGGAGCUUCAGAGCCUAUACACAGGCCUCUGUUUUCUGCGCAGGGCCCACGCCCCAGACGGCCUCAAGAAGCCAGUACUGUCGGAGCUCGUCUGGGAGGGAACCGUGCUCCCUCGGCCUGCCCACACACUUCCCGCGACAUGGGACAUAGUGGUGCAGCAGAGAUGUACCGCCGGGGUCCACGCCUCCGGCCGCAUUUAUCGGUGGGCCUGGGCCACUCGGCUUCCUCGCUUUGA